AAGCAGCAAGCUGGUUAAUUUCUGUUACAUCACUUCGCGUUGCCUUCGAAGGCUGGUCUGCGCUCAGUGUUUUCGUGGUGAUGCAAGUCGGCUCUCUGUUCCAGCACUUGGAUCCCUCCCAUUCCUCAGUACCUCGCAGGUCUCUUCCCCCGAGCAGUGCGUUGCUGGAGCCAGCAGAGGCUUACAAAUCAGCCGCAGGUCCCUGUUUUGAAAAGCAGAGACACAGAGGCAGAGGAAAAGGGUGGACUCCUAUGUGACCCGUUCUUAGCGCAAGACAAUCACCAUCUGAAUUCCAGAAGCCCUGUUCAUGGUGGGGGAGAUUUUUGCGACUGCAUGGAAUCAGAAAGAAGCAAAAGAAUGGGAAAUGCCUUCAUGCCCCUGAAAAGAAUUGCUUAUUUCCUAUGUCUCUUAUCUGCGCUUCUGCUCACGGAAGGGAGGAAACCAGCGAAGCCAAAAUGCCCUGCCGUGUGUACUUGUACCAAAGAUAAUGCUUUAUGUGAGAAUGCCAGAGCUAUUCCACGCACCGUUCCUCCUGAUGUUAUCUCAUUAUCCUUUGUGAGAUCUGGUUUUACUGAAAUCUCAGAAGGGAGUUUUUUAUUCACACCAUCGCUGCAGCUCUUGUUAUUCACAUCGAACUCCUUUGAUGUGAUCAGUGACGAUGCUUUUAUUGGUCUUCCACAUCUAGAGUAUUUAUUCAUAGAAAACAACAACAUCAAGUCCAUUUCAAGACAUACUUUCCGGGGACUAAAGUCACUAAUUCACCUGAGUCUUGCAAACAACAAUCUCCAGACGCUUCCAAAAGAUAUUUUCAAAGGCCUGGAUUCUUUAACAAAUGUGGACCUGAGGGGGAACUCAUUUAACUGUGACUGUAAACUGAAGUGGCUGGUGGAGUGGCUCAGCCACACCAACGCCACCGUGGAAGACAUCUACUGUGAAAGCCCCCCGGAAUACAAGAAGCGCAAAAUCAACAGUCUCUCCUCCAAGGACUUUGAUUGCAUCAUCACAGAAUUUGCAAAGUCUCAAGACCUGCCUUAUCAAUCACUGUCUAUAGACACCUUUUCAUACCUGAACGAUGAGUAUGUAGUGAUUGCUCAGCCUUUUACUGGAAAAUGCAUUUUCCUCGAAUGGGACCACGUGGAAAAGACCUUCCGGAAUUACGACAACAUUACAGGCACGUCCACGGUGGUGUGUAAGCCCAUUGUCAUUGACGCCCAGCUCUAUGUUAUCGUGGCCCAGCUGUUUGGUGGCUCUCACAUCUAUAAGCGAGACGGUUUGACAAAUAAAUUCAUAAAAAUCCAGGAUAUUGAAAUUCUCAAAAUCCGAAAACCCAAUGACAUCGAAACCUUCAAGAUUGAAAGCAACUGGUACUUUGUCGUUGCGGACAGUUCAAAGGCGGGUUUUACCACCAUUUACAAAUGGAACGGAAAUGGAUUCUACUCCCAUCAAUCCUUGCACGCGUGGUACAGGGACACCGACGUGGAAUACUUAGAAAUAGUCAGAACGCCUCAGACACUCAGAACGCCUCAUUUAAUCCUGUCCAGUAGUUCCCAGCGUCCGGUCAUUUACCAGUGGAACAAAGCAACACAGCUAUUCACUAACCAGACGGACAUUCCCAACAUGGAGGACGUCUACGCGGUAAAGCAUUUCUCGGUGAAGGGUGAUGUGUACAUUUGCUUGACGAGAUUCAUUGGUGAUUCCAAAGUCAUGAAAUGGGGAGGUUCCUCGUUCCAGGAUAUUCAGCGGAUGCCAUCGCGGGGAUCCAUGGUGUUCCAGCCUCUUCAGAUCAAUAAUUACCAAUAUGCAAUUCUUGGAAGUGAUUACUCUUUUACUCAAGUGUAUAACUGGGAUGCAGAAAAAGCCAAAUUUGUGAAAUUUCAGGAAUUAAAUGUUCAGGCGCCAAGAUCCUUCACGCAUGUGUCCAUUAAUAAGCGUAAUUUUCUUUUUGCUUCCAGUUUUAAGGGAAAUACACAGAUUUACAAACAUGUCAUAGUUGACUUAAGCGCAUGAGACGCCAAGUUCUGUGGCCGCCAUCAGAAACUUUCUACAGUUCAUGACCCGGAUUAACUCAAUGCAUGAUGACUCUUCUUAUCACACUUGCAAAUGAAUGCCUUUCAAACAUUGAGACUGCUAGAACCAAGCACUACCAGUAUCUUCGUCCUUAACUGUCCAGUCCAGUGGUGUGGGAAGUUACCUUUUCUAAGACAAAAUUUAAUUGAGUGACUGUUCUUUGCAGUGAAGAUGUAUAAAUAAGCGUCUAAUGGUAUCUGUUACUCCAAAAAGAAAUAUUAAUAUGUACUUUUCCAUUUAUUUAUUCAUGUGCUCAGAAACAACUGCCAAAUAAAAUGUUUACAUUUUCUUUCAUAUCCCAAAGGUAAUUAUUUACAGGAGUUUUUUUAUUCUUGCUGAUAGUAUGUCGAAGAAAGCGUUUUAUUCCACAGGGUUAUAUUUGGAUCGAGGAUUUAUGGUGUGAAGAAUGAGUGAAGAUAAAACACUGAUGUUGAUUAUCCAUCAUUUAAGAACACGUUUGUCUGUGGCUGUAUCAGCUGAUGUUGAACAUUCAAAGGUGUUUCCAAAAGUCAUGGCUUUUAGGGAUAUUUUUGAGGUGAGAUGGUGACCAAUUAUAAGAAGGGUAGAGAAAUUUGCCUGUUACAAGAAGACUCGUUUGAAAUAAGGAACAGGAAGACCUAUCCUUUGCUGUCUGAUAACCCCAGCUAAAAACGUCACUCAGACAACUUAUAGAAGAAACUAAAAUCAAGACUUAGGAUUCUAAAAACCCUAUUCGGGGAAUUUCUAAAUAUCUGACUCAAGAAUCACCUGACAAUUGGUAGAGAUAGUAACCUUCCAGUAUGUGCCUCAAAUAUCCCCGCUAUAAAGGCCUCUUAAUCUGAUCAAGGAUGCUUUGCUUCUAGAUAUCAAUUUUGAUGUUAUUUACCUGCUGAUGAGUGCCUCAAAGACUCCUAUUCGACAUUCUAAAUUUCCACUCCAGGUUCACAUGGGUCAUUCGCCCCUUCCACAAUGCCUGUGAUAUAGCUGGCGCUCACAAAAAAUGCUUUUGAAGAAGCACAUGUCCUCCUGUUAAAAUAUAAUAAACUUUAUGAGGCCUCUUGA